AACAAUAUUGGUAAACACGUCUAAUAAUAUUCUUCGACUUUCAUUAACCAUGCAGUCCACAAGUUUCUCCCUAUUCACCGUUCAAUCAAAUGUAUGGACGUCACCUCGCCCUACAACCACCAUAACCCGUCGCAAAACCACCUCAUUGCGAAGGUUAUCGCUGGUCUUCGGGAUGGCUCCAUCACGCCACCAGGUCACUCACUCAAUGCCACCUGAAAAAUUGGAAGUCUUCAAGUCUUUAGAAUCUUGGGUUUCCGAAAGCGUCCUCCAUUUACGCAAGCCCGUAGAGAAAUGUUGGCAACCCAAAGAGUUUCUCCCUGACCCUUCUCAAGGGUCCGAUGGAUUCAUGGAAGAGGUUCGGGCCCUAAGACAACGAGUUUUAGGGCUUCCCGAUGAGUACUUUCUGAUGCUUGUGGGUAAUAUGCUAGGUGAGGAUUCUUUACCCUCAUUUCUCACCAUGAUUAAUACAUGGGAUGGAGUACGUGAUGAGACUGGGUCUAGCCCAUGUCCAUGGGCAAUUUGGUCUCGAGCAUGGGCAGCUGAGGAAAACCGACAUGGCGAUCUGCUACGGACUUACCUUUAUCUCUCAGGGAGAGUUGAUAUGUUGAUGAUUGAGAAGACACUUCAAUAUCAAAUUGGAGCUGGAAUGGACAACAGAACAGAGAACAAUCCAUAUUUGGGCUUUGUGUAUACAUCAUUUCAAGAGCGAGCUACAUUUUCGUCGCAUGGCAAUAUGGCUAGGCUAGCUAAAGAGGGUGGAGACCCCGUGCUAGCACGUAUAUGUGGAACCAUCGCGGCGGAUGAGAAGCGUCACGAGAAUGCCUACACAAGAAUUGUUGAGAAAUUGUUAGAAGUGGAUCCAAAUGAAACCAUGUUAGCCAUUGCAAACAUGAUGAAAAAAAGAAUCAUAAUGCCACAACAUCUAAUGUAUGAUGGACAAGAUUCGAAUUUAUAUGAGCACUACUCUGCCGUUUCCCAAAAACUAGGGGUUUACACAAGUCGUGAUUAUGCUGAAAACAUAGAGUUUUUUAUUGCACGAUGGAAACUGGAAAAGCUUGAAGGCUUGACAGGUGAGGCGAGGCGUGCACAAGAUUUUGUGUGCGGAAUUCCACCUAAAGUUAGGAAGUUGGAAACUCGAGCCAAGAAAUCAGAGCCCCGCCAAGUGAAAUUUAGUUGGAUUUUCAACAAAGAAGUGAGUGUUUAGAUGAAUUGAUUUAUAAGAAAGAUGUAAAACAAUAAAAGCUUAUCCUUUCGCUAAUAGCCUUUUUGGCUAAGCUACUCCCU